AUGUAUAUGAGCUCCAAUGAAGCGUAUUUUAAAUGCUCGAUCCAGGCGAAUGGUGAUUGGAUGACGAUCUCAGCGCGCUCCCCGGACAAGGAGCCGUCGCCACCGAAGCAGAUCAACUUCGCGGAGCCACUGGUCGAGUCGGUGCGGGUUUACCUCGCUAAUGAGGUGCCGGCGAAGCAGCUAGCGCUGGUCCCCGCGCCGUCGCCACCACUGCCACCGCCACCGCCACUGCCCGUCUGCCAUGCGGACAUAGCGAGCGACACCGCGCGCGAAGACAUCCGCGGGAUUAACUUCGAGCCCCGGCUCACGCGCAAUGACGUGAACAACAACGCAUCGCGCCGUGCUACCAUGCCAAGCCAGGCCGAGCUCAUGCAGCGUCAACCUCUGUUGGCACGUAACGCCAAGCCCGAGCCACAACCCACUACAGAUGACUCGGAUCCCGACCAAGAGCACUCACCUCAGCGCACCCAUGCCACUGAUUUCGUGGUCGAAAUACCGCCCGGCACCGUCCGCGAAGAGCGCUACCCUAAGGAGAUAUGGAAAACCAUAGUCUCAUUUUUCUUCUUAUUCCUCUGCGUUUGCAUCAACAUGAUGUCACUAUCGCUCGUCCAUGAACGCCUCCCCGACAGAAAUACCACCCCACCGCUCACCGACAUCGUGCUAGAUAAUGUCACCGCACGGGACUGGGGAUUGGCAGUUUCCGAGUACCUCAUAAUGAUAUCCACGACGGUCGCCAUGCUUGUAGUCAUCUUCCACAAGCAUCGAUUCAUCGUCGCGCGACGCAUGUUCGUCAUAAUCGGCCUGCUGUACUUGUACCGGUCAGUCACCAUGUUCGUGACCGUCGUGCCAGUGUCGAGUACGACGUACUAUUGCAGUCCGAAGAGCAACACCACGACACCACUGCUCGUCAUCAGGAGAAUGUUCUACUUGAUUUCGGGCUUCGGGUUGUCCAUCAACGGCAAGCACACGUACUGCGGCGACUAUAUCUACUCCGGGCACACGAUGGUACUCGUGCUAAGCUACCUGAUCGUGGCAGAAUACUCGCCGAAGAAGCUGUGGCCCGUGCACUGGGCGAUGUGGGGCUCGGCGUUGCUUGGUGUUUUAUUCGUGCUCCUCGCGCACGGCCAUUACACUGUGGACGUGGUGAUCGCGUACUACGUGACCACGCGGCUGUUUUGGACAUUCCACUCGCUGCUGGUGACGCCGCACCGCAAUGGCGGCAGCUACAACCAGUACAUGAUCCAGAGGGAAUGGUGGUACUGGCUGUUCACGUACCUGGAGAGGAAUGUGCGGGGGCCGGUUCCACGGCGCUACGACUGGCCCUUACCCUGGCCUCGGACUAAGCUCUUCAGCCGGUUAAGCUAG